UGCAUAUAUUAUCUUCUUCUCAUCCUUCCAUUUCUCUAUCUCUCACUAUUCACAAAGCUCCACAUUUAUUCUACUUUUAUCAAAUAUCUACUCAAAUAAUUUCAACUCAACAAUUCAUCUCUAACUUUUCUAUAAUGACGAGAAAAAAUAAUAGUAUGGGAGCAAUGUUGCUACAGAAAGAGAGCUUUCGAAGAACAAAAUUCGGUACCCUUUUAUACUCUGAUCCAAUAAGUGACCACGACGAAAGCAAUAGCAAUUCAGCUCGAAGUAGCAAUGCUUCUUCUGCUCCAAGUCCACCUAGAACAUCCUCUUUUUACACCUCAACUACUACCAAUUCUCCUAACUAUUUCAUGUCUCCAUGGAAUCAAUCAAAUUCUCCUUAUGUAAAAUCACCCUGGAUUCAUCAGCCACUCCACGAUUCCUCGGAAGAAUCAGAAUCCAGCGAUUGCAAAAAUGGUCUCAUAGGAUCUCUUGUUCGUGAAGAAGGGCAUAUAUAUUCACUAGCUGCAUCUGGGGAUUUGCUGUAUACGGGAUCAGACAGCAAAAAUAUUCGAGUUUGGAAGAACUUGAAGGAGUAUUCCGGGUUCAAAUGUCAAAGUGGAUUAGUAAAAGCCAUUGUUGUUUGCGGAGAUAAGAUCUUCACAGGACAUCAAGAUGGAAAAAUUCGGGUGUGGAAAUUUUUGGGCAAGAAGAGAAAAGCGUAUAAGCGUGUUGGUAGUUUACCUACCGUAAGAGAUUAUUUGAAGAGUUCAAUUAAUCCUAAAGCCUAUGUUGAAGUAAGACGAAAUCGGAACGUUCCUUGGAUUAAGCAUUUUGAUGCUGUCUCUUGUAUGAGUUUGGAUAAAGAACGAGGAUUGCUUUAUUCUGGAUCUUGGGAUAAAACACUCAAAGUUUGGAGAUUAUCUGAUUCGAAAUGCCUCGAAUCUAUCAAUGCUCAUCAAGAUGCUAUUAAUUCUGUCGUCGUUGGAUUUGACGGGUUGGUUUUCACUGGCUCAGCAGACGGGACGGUUAAAGCUUGGAGAAGAGAAUUAGUUGGGAAUAGUGCAAAACAUGUCCUCCUGGAAACACUGUUGAAACAGGACAAUGCUGUUACUUCGUUGGCCGUAAAUGUUGAUGCAGCAACGGUGUAUGCCGGAUCCUCUGAUGGACUAGUGAAUUUCUGGGAGCGACAGAAGCAUUUUUUAGAGUACGGAGGUGCGCUGAGGGGUCAUAAAUUAGCGGUACUGUGCGUUGCUGUUGCUGGUAAUCUUGUAUUGAGUGGAUCAGCUGACAAGUCCAUAUGUGUGUGGAGAAGGGAAGAGGGCGGUAUUCACAGUUGCGUAACGGUGUUAACAGGACACAACGGCCCCGUUAAGUGCUUGACAGUCGAAGAAGAUUCAAAUGACACUGAAGAUGAAGCUCCGGUGGAGAAGAAAAGUGACAAAUAUUAUUGGAGGGUGUAUAGUGGGAGUUUGGACAAUUCCGUUAAGGUCUGGAGACUAUCUGAGCACGGAUUUAGUGGCUACGAGGAGAUGUGAAGAAAUCACAAUAACAAUACAGAGGCGGAACACCGAAUGUCAAUUGCCGUGUGGGGAUGCUAAUUUAGGAGUUUGGUCACGAAAACUAACCGUUAAAAAACCGGUCAGAGGACGGUGGGGGACCAGUGAGCAGAACCUUCAUAACGAAGGAACGUUAAUACAGAAGCAGUGAAGAACUAACAUUACUACUCUUUCACCAAAAAAAAAAAACAUUACUACUCAAGUACAUUCGUUGUUUUCUUUUUCUCCUAUAGUUUCCACAUUUGGUUGUGGUCUGCUAAAUGAUUGUCUUGUAAAUUUCAAGUAACAAAGUGUUUGAAAGUCCUCAAUCAUCCAAGGAAACACUUUGUUUGAUUUGAGGAACAAGUUCUGUAAUUUCAUUGUUACAAUUCAUGAACAAGUUUGUAUUUCUUCGCUCAUAA